AUGUCCGCGCAACCUCUCAAAGUGAAUGCGACGAGCGAGCCAUAUGCGGAUCUUCCUCCGAUCUGUGCAGCCCUGUUUGAAGCGAAGGCAAAGAAAGGCCUGACGUUCGACGAGAUUGCCAAAGCCAUUGGAAGAGACGAAGUGUGGGUAGCCGCGGCGUUCUAUGGCCAGGCGAAGCUCUCGGCUGAAGAGUUGACUGCACUGUCAGGUGUCCUCGAGAUCCCACAGGGCAAUUUGCAGGCAGAGCUUGGAGAGAACUGGUGGCCCCACCGAGGACUCGGGCCGAUGCCUCCUACUGACCCUGUGCUAUAUCGGUUGUAUGAGGGAGUGCUGGUGUAUGGGAAUGCAAUCAAGGCCAUCAUACACGAAAAGUUUGGUGACGGCAUCAUGUCCAUGAUCGAUUGCAAAGUCAAUAUUGCUCGCAAGCCAGAUCCCAAGGGGGACAGAGUCGUCUUGACAUUCGAUGGUAAGUUCUUGCCGUACGCGAAGUGGUGA